AUGGAGAAGGUACCCAAAACCGACCUCUUCUUCUCGGACUUCAUUGAUUUCCUAGUCCUUGAACCUGCUCUCGUCUUAUUAACUCGUUUUCGUAAGCUCGCUUCGAGCCACCUCUCUGUUUUUUCUUGGUCAUGGAGAACUCAGUCAGCAGAGAAGAUCAGCAGGAGGAAAGAGGAGGUAAGAGCAGAGCUUCAUGUGAACCAAGCGAUUAUGGUUACAGGAGAAGAUAUGGAGCUUGUCAUGGAGAAAUUGGGGUUUGGAAUUAUUGAUAAAGCUGAGAAAAGGAACGAGCUUCUGCGAUCAGAUGACAUUUCUGCAAUGUUCGAGGAGGAAGAGCCGAGCUUGGAGGAGGCAGUGGAGGCUUUCGGCUUCUUUGAUGAAAACAGAGAUGGGUUUGUGGAUGCAGAGGAGCUUCAGAGAGUUCUCUUCAAGCUGGGCUUUGGAGGAGUUGAGUUGGAUUCAUGCAAGACUAUGAUUGCAGCGCAUGAUGACAAUGGAGAUGGAGUGAUAGAUUUCUGUGAGUUCCUUAAGCUUUCGGAGAGCAGCUUCAGUUGA